GCUCCUGCACUUCCGGCGUGCGCGUUCGGCGCCCCGCGCGUGGAGCCCGGCGCGGUGUGCCCAUGGCGGCUGGGGGUAGCGAUCCGCGGGCGGGCGACGUCGAGGAGGAUGCCUCACAGCUUAUCUUUCCCAAAGAGUUUGAAACAGCGGAGACAUUACUAAAUUCAGAAGUUCAUAUGCUUCUGGAGCAUCGAAAGCAACAGAAUGAGAGUGCAGAGGAUGAACAGGAACUUUCUGAGGUCUUCAUGAAAACUUUAAAUUAUACAGCCCGUUUCAGCCGUUUCAAAAACAGAGAGACCAUUGCCAGUGUCCGUAGCUUGUUGCUCCAGAAGAAGCUUCAUAAGUUUGAGUUGGCCUGUUUGGCCAACCUUUGCCCAGAGACUGCUGAGGAGUCAAAGGCACUGAUACCAAGCUUGGAGGGGCGGUUUGAAGAUGAGGAGCUACAGCAGAUUCUUGAUGAUAUCCAGACCAAGCGCAGCUUUCAAUAUUAGUCUCCAAAUAUCGCUCCACUGCUGAGGGAACUGUGUCCCAAGCCCAUCACCACUGACCAGGUGUCUGGAGCUGACUUACACGGAAAUACUAUUGCAGAAGACAGUUGGGCUUCCUUUGGCUAGAACAACUCAGCUUGGUCUCAGUUUAGGUUGCUGUUUUAGACUUAACUCCUAGACCAUGGUAACCUGGCCUUCCCUCUUGGAGGGGGAGGCAUGAGGGGUGAUGCGCACAUAAGCUACACUAGUGACUACCUUCUACCACAGUUUUGGCACCUGUGUUAUUUUUAAAUUGUUUUUGUUUUAA